UGAAAAGAAUAGACGCUCCUUGAAAGGCACGUGGCUGACUUUAAUAAUCUGACCGUUGCCGAAACAACCCCCUCCUCCUCUUCCCCCCACCCCCUCUAUUCAAACACCGCUAUCUUCCCCUUCCUCCUUCCCCUUGUUGUCUGCCUCUCUCCUUUCUCUAAAACCUUUCUCUUUCAUGGCAACAGCGAUGGAGACGCAUCCUCAGCAAAAGGCUUCUUCAGAGGCUGCAACAGAGAAGAAGAGGUGGACUCUUAGCGACUUUGACAUUGGGAAGCCGCUAGGAAGGGGAAAAUUCGGUCAUGUCUAUGUAGCAAAAGAAAAGAGGAGUAAUCAUGUUGUGGCAUUGAAAGUGCUUUUCAAAAGCCAACUUAAACAGUCUCAAGUGGAGCACCAGCUUCGGCGUGAAGUUGAAAUACAAAGCCAUCUUAGACACCCUAAUAUCCUAAGACUCUAUGGUUACUUCUAUGAUCAGCAAAGAGUCUACUUGAUUUUGGAGUAUGCUGCAAAAGGUGAACUCUACAAGGAGCUCCAGAAAUUCAAAUGCUUCACUGAACGACGUUCUGCAACUUAUGUUGCCUCAUUAGCACGGGCUCUCAUAUAUUGUCAUGGGAAGCAUGUUAUUCAUAGAGACAUCAAACCAGAGAACCUCUUGAUUGGUUCACAGGGUGAGUUAAAGAUUGCUGAUUUUGGGUGGUCAGUGCACACAUUCAGUCGCAGGCGAACCAUGUGUGGUACUUUGGAUUAUCUCCCGCCUGAAAUGGUGGAGAGUGUGGAGCAUGAUGCAAGUGUGGAUAUAUGGAGUCUUGGAAUCUUGUGCUAUGAAUUUCUGUAUGGUGCUCCUCCCUUUGAAGCAGAAGAGCACUCUGAUACAUAUAGAAGGAUAAGGCAAGUGGAUUUGAAGUUCCCUUCAAAACCUGUAGUUUCUGCAGCUGCAAAGGACCUCAUUAGUCAGAUGCUUGUGAAGGAUACUUCAAAGCGGCUGCCACUACACAAGCUGCUUGAACAUCCAUGGAUUGUUCAGAAUGCGGACCCCUCGGGGGUAUACAGGAGUGGUUGACUUUUUGCUUGAUAACACAAGACACAAGAGAAUCCGUAACGAGCUGUAAAAAUAACAAUUUAAUCCAAUUAUUGUUCCUAUCUAUGUAUAGAGUAUAAUACUCCUUUGUGCCGUUUGAUUUGUGUGACCAUGAUGAUGAAAUGACUAGAAUGCCCUUGUAGGCCAAAUAAGAAUAAGAAUGUGAUAGUUGAUUGGAUAACAAA